AUGCUGCAGGUUCCGUACAGCAGUUCCGACCAGGAGAGGGACCGGCCGCUGGUUCAAAUCCCUUUCACGAUCUUUGCUGUCUUGACGGUGAUGCUGCCGUUGUUGGGCCUCCUGAUCUGUCUCUCCGUUGCCCUAAUUUUCCACUUCAACGACACCACCUACACGCACUGUAAGGUGAAGAACUACCUGCCCUCCAUCAGCUCUGCGAUCAGCCCUGUCCCAGAGCGUUACAUCUGGAGAGGGUUCAUUGCGCUUCACGCGGCACGUCGUUACCUCUGCUCUGCGGUGUAUUUCUCCUUUUACUACCGACACUUCCACGGUCGGAAACCGGAGCUGCUUCUGACCGUGGUCACUCUGCUCCUCAGCCUCAUAGAGAACACAGGGCUGCUGUGGGUGUCAUACGUGGGCUCCACCGAGUCGUAUAAGAGCCAUAUGUACGGUUACAGCGCAUUCAUUGGCAGCUCGCUUCUGUACAUGUUCACAACGCUCUGCCUGUGGUAUGUCAUCCAGAGGCGCUCGCUCCACUCAGAGGGAGUGAAAUCGUACAGGUGGAAGCUACGUCUCUUCCUGUUUAAACUCGUCUGCUGCGCGUGUGACUUCUAUUUAUUCAGACGACAUAACGAGUUCUGUGAGCCCGGAAUGUACACUUUAUUUGCGCUGUUCCAGUACCUGGUGGUCUUCUCUAACAUGGCCUUCCACAUGACGGCCUGUUGGGACUUCAGGGGCAAAGCGGUGAUGUUUGCGCGCCGACAGAAGGAUAAACGCUACUGA